AGUAAGCAUAAAACUUCCCAGGAAGACGCAGGUUUUACAUUUACAACCAAGUGCUAGACGUCCUUUCUAAAUACUGGAUCCCAAAUGAUAAGGCCCCCAAAUAUUCUAAGGUUGCUGUUGUUUUAUCGCGGGGAGCUUUCUUCCUGAGAAAAUGCCAACCACACAGAAAACGUUGAUGUUCCUGUCUGGCUUUCUCACAAGCCUGGGCUCAGUUGUUGUCAUCUGCUCCAUUCUUGCGACUCAGGCAUGGAUCACCAGCAGGAUUUUCUUUACAGAUGCUAUCUCCAACGGUACCAUUGUUAUUACCUAUGGGCUCUUCCGUGGUACGAGUGCUCAAGAGUUGAAUGAAGGCCUUCAAGAUCUGGACAAAAACUUUGAAGUUUUAGGGAUAUUGGACAAUUCUUCCCAGAAGUCUUUGCACCUGGUGGUCAUCCUCCUCCUGAUCCUGAGUCUGGCAGCUUCCGUGCUGAGCUCAGUGUUCACCUUCUACAACAGCAUCAGCAACCCUUACCAGACGUUCCUGGGACCUAUGGGUGUCUAUACCUGGAAUGGACUCAGCGCAUCCUUUGUGUUUCUGGCCAUGGUUCUGUUCGUGGGGAAUGCCGAGUCCAACCAUCUCUCAGACAAGCUCUCCCAGAAGCUUUAUCCAGAUACCACAAACAAGAGAACAACCCACACUUACGGAUACUCGUUUUGGCUCACCCUGCAUGUCAUCUUUCUCAAUAUUGUCACUGCGGUCAUCAUCAUUUUCUAUCAGAAGGCCCGAUACCGGCAGAAGCAGGAGCAGAGGAAGCCGGUGGAAUAUGCUCCAAGGGAUGGCAUUUUAUUCUGAGUCCUGUCUCAUAGCCCAUUUGCACUGUCUCUGCCAAACUGACUCACUCCUCUGAACACUGCAUGGCAGAGCAACUGUCAGGUGCCAUCGCUUCUGGAACCACGACACCAUGUCCUGCCUAUAGAUGGUGCUUGUAUCUUCCUCCAUGGACUUCCUCCUGAAAAGAGUUUUCUCCUAAGAUCAGGAAAAUGAUUGGGAAGGGCUGUGGUCUAGAGUAAUCCAAAAGAGGGCAGCCUGGGGCCUGCAGGCCUUUCUCAUUUGACCCUGCUAUCGGCAGUAAUAUAGGUCUGUGGGGUGUUUUGCCUUUCCUGUGACUAGAUAAACAGACUAUAGCCCCUAUGACCUUGUCCUCUGGAUUGAUCAGGCAUUUCGGUCCAUGAUAAGUAUAAGGAUUUUUAAGCAGAGAAGCACUCUGAACUAAUUUUUUUCACUCAGAAGUUAGAUACAGAAGGAUAAAGGAUGGGAUGACCCUGUGUUCUGGUCCCUUGGUGGCUGUUGUGACUUCCAGGUUUCUUUCCUUCAGUGAGGGCUAGACACUUGCAGAGCUUGGGACUUGGGAAGUCAUGCAUGAACAGAUUGGAGGUAAAAUAUGGUCUCUUCCAGUAAAUAGAAAGUCAGAAAACUAGCAAAGGCACCAAAAUGUAUUCUGCAUGGUUUUCCAGUGUGACAUUUCCUUUUUAAAACAUCUGAUUGAGAACCCUUCAGCCUGGACUAUCCUAUAGGCUGCCACAGUGACAACUGACAGACCUGAAAAGUGACCUCCUUUCAUGUGUUGACGGAGUCUUAAAACAGUAGCUCAAUGACAAGUGGUGGAUCUUAUGAAGCUAGAUGACCUUCAACACUCAGAGAUGUGAGCUGGGUCGCCAAAGUGUUGGCAGCAGCAUGCUGGGUUUAUUUACUACCAGGCAGACGAGAAAGACAUUUAAUAAGCUCUUACUUGACUACUCCAAUUAAAACAGUUGCUUAGGGUUGGAGGUCAUCCCUCCAUUGUAGAACACUAAGGUGCCUAGAGUGUGACAGGCCCUGGGUUCCAUCUCUACCUCCGUAAAAACAAAACAAGCAGGUAAUGACAGAAUUGUGCUUGUGGUUUGAAAGGAUGGAUCUCUAUCAUGCUCUCCCUUGAAGACCUACUAAUUCAAGAUUACUUUUACCUAAUAAAUUAUUAAAAGGUUACUAUACUAUUUUCUUUACUCUUUUCAUGAGUGUAAGUGCACAUGCCAUGAUUUGUGUGUCUGUGUGUCUCUCUGCGUAUGGAGGUCAGAUGACAAGCUUCAAGAGUGGAUUCUCUCCUUCUACCAUGUGAGACCUGGGGUUUAAACUCAUGUCAUCAGACUUGCUGGCAAGCACAUUUACCCACUGGGCUACCUUGUAGGCCUGCUACUAAAUUAUUAUAAAGUUUGGGUUUGGGAAGCAAUGGCUUAAUGGGUAAAAGUGCUUGUCACCAAGCCUGAUGCCCCUGUCCACUCCUCAUCACCUACACAGUGAAAGAGCUGACUCCUGCAAGUUAUCCUCUGACCUACACGCAUGCGUUGUGGCAUGCGCAUGCCCAUAGGCACAAUCAUACUUCCCUAUACAAUAUACAAAAGAAACGCACAUAUGUGAAACAAAUACAAUUUAAAGCGACUCGGUCCUGUUCAUUUGAAAAAUAUUGGGAUAUAUUUUAAAAAUAUGAUUAUAAAUGUAAAAAAUUUAAACUCUGAGUCUAAAAAUAUUUAUAUUCUUCGAAGGCCUAAGUUUUCUAUUGGAUUUUUUUGUUUAAUGUGGCCAUGUAAUAAAGAGGAUGUGGAGGUGGGUGCUGGCCCAUGCCCUUGAGCCCAUCUUCAGGAAUCAGAAGAUUGCCACAGCUUUGAAGUCACUCUGGUAUGUUGGGAGUUCGAGGCCAGCAGAACUUCAUAAAGAGGCCCUCGUGGUUUGAAUGAGAGAUGUCACCAGAGGCUCAGGAGUUUGAAUGCCUGUUCCCCAGUGGUGGCACUGUUUGGGGAUGCUACAUUACCUGUAGGGGGCAGAGCUUUGCUAGAGGAAGUAUGUCACUGGGGUGGGCUUUGAGAGUUCAUAGACUCAUCUCACUUCCUGUUUUCUCUCUCUGCUUCCUGCUCCUGGAGUUGGCCCUGCCAGUUGCCACCAUGCCUCCUUGACAUUGUAGACUCUCCUUCCGGAAUCAUGAGCCCAAAUAGACUCUUUCUUUGUAAGUUUCCUUUAUCAUGAUAUUUUAUCUCACCAACAGAAAAGCAAUGAAUACAUAUGGGCUUGCCUCAAGCCAGCAAGCAUACAAACAAAACCAUUACUUUGUCUUGUUAUGAGGUAGGUUGCAAAGUUCAUCACAUUUGCAAAAGAACGAAUAUAAACCACUAUGUUCACCAGAUGUGUUGGUACAUGACUUUGGGAAACUGAGGCAGAAAGAUCAGGGAUUCCAGGCAAGCCUGGGAGACUUAGCAAGACACAUGGGGAUAAAAAGAAAAGUAAAUAAAUGAACAGAAAAAUGU